AGUUGUCUGUCAAAGACGUAAACUUUUGUCACAAAAUGCAACCCGACAACGAUGUACUCAUAAAGCUGUUAAUGGUUGCACGGAGUUUGCAGUGUGGCGGCUUUUUACAUGGAAUUGUGUAAUCUAAUAAAUCGAAAAAGUUAUUAUUGACGUCCGAGCACAAGUAAAAAGUGAUUAUCGGUGUGUUCAGUGCAACUCGAUAUUUCCGACUAAAUGGACACGGGAAAGUACUGAACAUGACUCCAUUGGCGCCGUGGUUCUUCCGAUAUACGAACGUUGCUGAGUAGUUCGAGGUUGCCAGACUUCAUUCGUCCAGACUGUUUUUCAUUUUGACAAAGCCAGUUGCUGCUAGAAGACACGGAAUACAAUAUUUAUUUUUCUCGUGGGAAAUAGUAUGAAUUUCAUCAUGACAGUUCGCUUUAAAUUGUAAAUGUUCAUAUUAUCUAGGUAACGGUACGUUUUAACGAAGCAGCUAGCUAACGUUAGCCAAGCAGCCAGCUGGCUAGCAUUAGCAUUUUUUGUCUGUCAUUUAAAAAGCUAGCACUGACAGCUAGUCUUAUGCUAGUUAGCAUAGGUGUUCUCUCUGAAGUAGCUAACGUUAGCCGGUUAGCUAUACAAAUGACAAUUAUAGCAACAGGUUGCUAUAUUGCAGAAAUUACCAUUUUUAAAUAUACCCAGCAAUUUAGUUAAGCAGUGUUUCUGCUGUCAGUCUAUUAGCUAACGUUUACCUAGAUACGUUUUCUCAAAUCUGUCAUGAGUUGGCUGGCUUGUUGAAACGCGUAGCGUUAGCUAACGCUAGCUAGUUUUCUAAACAGCUCGCUGGACUCAACAAGCGGGACGAAAAUGCGGGCUUUACAUGGAAACUGAUUAACUAGCAAGCUUCAGUGGAUCAAACAAGCAGAAGGUGUUUUUCAAAGUUUGCUGCCUACGCCAUUUCAAGUUGCAGAAGAUUUUGAUGCUUCUGAACUGGGAGACAUAGACCACUUGUGGGAAACCCUAAAUCUAUCGUUGGUGCACAUGUCCAAAAAUAAUUUUACGAUACAGUUGAUGCUUCAAAAUGUCGGCUAUCUCUGCGUCUGAGAAAGUGGACGGGUUCACGCGAAAAUCAAUGAGGAAGGCCCAGAAACAGAAGAAAUCUCAAGGGUCGUCCCAGUUCCGAACUCAAACUUUUACCGAGCUUUCACCCUUGCCGCAGCUCAAAGAUGCACCCUCCACAGAGCAGCAGGAGCUGUUCACCCAGAAGCUCCAGCAGUGCUGCAUGCUGUUUGACUUCAUGGACUCUGUCACCGACCUGAAGAGCAAGGAGAUCAAGCGGGCCACGCUCAACGAGCUGGUGGACUACGUCUCCACCAACAGGGGCGUCCUGGUUGAGGCAGCCUAUCCGGAGAUCUCAAAUAUGAUCUGCACCAACAUAUUCCGGACUCUUCCGCCGAGUGAGAACCCUGAUUUUGACCCAGAGGAGGACGAGCCUACUCUCGAGGCCUCAUGGCCACACAUACAGCUUGUCUACGAGUUCCUCCUGCGAUUCUUGGAGAACCCAGACUUUCAGCCCAGCAUCGCCAAGCGCUACAUUGAUCAGAAGUUUGUGCUGCAGCUCCUGGAACUGUUUGACAGCGAGGACCCCCGGGAGAGGGACUUCCUGAAGACUGUCCUGCAUCGGAUCUACGGGAAGUUCCUGGGGUUGCGGGCUUUCAUCAGGAAGCAGAUCAACAACAUCUUCUUGCGGUUCAUCUACGAGACUGAUCACUUCAACGGAGUGGCCGAACUCCUGGAGAUACUGGGGAGCAUCAUCAAUGGCUUUGCACUGCCAUUGAAGGCGGAACACAAGCAGUUCCUGAUGAAGGUGCUCAUCCCCAUGCAUACCGCCAAAGGACUGGCCCUGUUCCACGCACAGCUGGCCUACUGUGUUGUCCAGUUCCUGGAGAAGGACCCCACCCUCACAGAGCCGGUGAUUCGGGGGCUGUUGAAGUUUUGGCCCAAAACCUGUAGCCAGAAGGAGGUGAUGUACCUGGGGGAAAUGGAGGAGAUCCUGGAUGUCAUUGAGCCCACCCAGUUCAAGAAGAUCCAAGAGCCCCUGUUCAAGCAGAUCUCCAGAUGUGUGGCCAACCCCCACUUCCAGGUAGCGGAGAGAGCCCUCUACUUCUGGAACAACGAGUACAUCCUGAGCCUGAUUGAGGAGAACAUCGACAAGAUUCUGCCUAUCAUGUUUGGUAGCCUGUACAGAAUCUCCAAAGAACACUGGAACCCGACGAUUGUAGCUCUGGUCUACAAUGUGCUGAAGACCCUGAUGGAGAUGAACAGCACACUAUUUGACGAGCUGACAGCCUCUUACAAAUCAGACAGACAGCGGGAGAAGAAGAAGGAGCAGGAGAGGGAAGAGCUGUGGAAGAAGCUGGAUGAGCUGAAGUUGAGCGACGCAGCGGCUCUGGUGCAGAACAACAGCCACGGGCUCCAGAACGCUGCCCAGAACAACAACAGCAACAACAACAAUCACCAAGAAAACCAGGAGAAGGGCACCGCUGUCAUUGCAACAGACCAUGAAGACCCUGUCGUUGCCAUAGAUACCGCAGAGAAUGUCAAGGGCGUAAAGACUGCCAAAUGACACAGGACUCCAUUUUGUACUCUGUAACGGUUUCCAGGCCGUCUGAGAACUGUCAGGGAGGGGCUUGGGGGUGAUGGGGAGGAGGGGCUUGGGGGUGACGCGGAGGAGGGGCUUGGGGGUGACAGGGAGGAGGGGCUUGAGAAACUAGCCACACAAAAAAAAAAAGAGAUAAACCUCAUCAGUAUGUUAAAUCUAUAUACAGUAAAACUACUUCAAAUGCCAGAAAUUCUCCUUUGGCAGGAAACGUAUAUUUCAACUUAAGACUAUUUUGGGAUGUUAGUGUGACCACAGUAUAUUGGUAAACUUUUUUUGUCUGAUCAAAGAAUUUAUCCUUUCACAUUUAGUUUCUUAACUGAGAAAGGUUUUUUUUUUUUUGGGGGGGGGGGGGGUGAUAUUCAAUGUAUGAAAAUAUAGGAGGGGGAGAAAAUGACUUGAAAAUAACCUUUCUGAUUGUGCUGCACUUCGAGAAGCUAAAUGGCUAUUUUAAAAUGUCUAUUUUGUAUGUGCUUUCAUCACUGCUGCCAACAUAGGGGUGCAAACUGUAAGGAAGAGGGGGUCGGGAGUGAGCUUUGGAGGGUGGGUGGGUGGGGGGCUAUGGAGAGAGGACUGUGUUAAUAGUCUCUACAUAGGAGACCUGAGUGAAUGUCACUAUCAUGAGGUCUUGUGUUUUCGGGUGUUUGGUAUAUGUAUCUGAAUACAUGAAGCUUAAUGUUAUAGCCGUUAUUAUAGCACAUUCAAGAACUGCAGCCAUACAACCUAUUUACAGUAAGUAUUUGAAAUGAGUUUAGUUUAGAGAAACGAACGAUGAAACGGGCACAGAUUUAAGUAAGUAUAACAUAUUUUUCCAGUCUGAAUAGAGAAUUGAUUAAUAGAUAAUGCCGAUGUAGAAAAAGGUAAUGAAAUGAGCCAUAUAUUUUUUUCCAGAGUAUUGUUAAAGGCAGAGAUGUGGGUUUUUGAAGCCAGAUGGUGGCAGAUUGCCGAUAGUCUGGUUUCUGCAGAUUUAAACGUGGCUGGAUGAAGUGUGUGCGUAUGUGGGUCAGGGGUGUUUGCUUUAACGUGUCUGUUCUCUAUUGUAGGUCCAGUCUUUUCUGAUGCCUUUUCUGUCAGAGUGUACCAUUCCAAUCUCUGUGACAUGCAACUGUGUGGGGAACCUGUUUUGUAAUAACUGACCUUAUCUAGGUUUUAAAUAAAAAAUAAAGUCUACCAUAUGUUUCUACUCUAAAA